GUCUAUUCUUGUUAGCGAAGAGUCAAGCACACCGAGGAAGGGAAAGGUUGAGACCGUACAGGUGUUACUAGGGGAGGCCGCAGGUGCGACAGAGAAGCGGGGACCCGUGAAGACAACCCCGUGUACGCGAUUGUGGCAUGCCGGCACCAUAGUAACGACAAGCGGCUGUCUUACUACCGGUCGUAGAACACAGGAGAGGACAGAUGCAAGAUGGCGGACGAACAAUAUAAGAACUUGAACUUCCCAGAGAGGGACGUGGCCGUGGAAGUGCUUAGUGACAAACUCAGGAGAGCCGCUAUGUUUAUAAACGAGCGAGAGGCGCAGCGGUACAAAAGAGUCAUGCAACAGUUGGACAUCUCCGUGAAAGAACAGGACGAGAGACAGCGAGCCGCGCGGGAAAAAACAAACGAUAGGCUGAGAGAAAUUCUAGCGUCCAAGUUCGCGCUGACAGAAUUCGACGCGGGAACCGAGGACGGGUCACGUGAUCACACCAAGUACGACCCGUUGCACCACGGGACUUACGCGUACCACAAGAACGUACGGGAAGCGUACGACAGAAAGUACAUCGCGCUAGAACCGCGGAACGUUCGCAUGAUGCGGCAGAGAACCAUCCUGCAGAAAUGCAGAAGUUACAGCGACCCGUUGUUUGACCGAAAAGAAACGACGUCCGCCAUUUUCAGACGGUUUCGUCCUUCAAAGCGCCCCCUGUCGGAUACGACUGCUAUUGGAUAUUCAGAUAAUGCCGCAACGAUGUCAAAGAGGAAAGGAAUCAAGAAGAUUGAAGUAAAAGAACGCAGAAGAGCGUCACUGAGCAAAGUAACCACGUUACCGACUUUGUCCCUUGUCAUGACCAAACCGAAGUUAGUUCCACUUGAUUCAUCCACCGAGGAUCUCGACAAGACCGCCGUGGAAAAAGUGCCGAUCACCAAACAUGACAAACAGGAUUCGCACGCCGAAAGAACAGUGCGAGGGAAUCAGAAAAGUAGAACAUAGGCUCUCUUAUUGUAGAGCUUUUAUACGCUAUUUCUGUCCACAAAGUAAACAACCGAACAAUCAUUCUGACCCUACUCAAGUUGAAAUGGCUAUAUGACUAUGUCACGUGACCUGAGUGGAAGCGUGACGUCCGAAACGGGUCAAAGGUUCCCGGUAGUAGGUAUCGGCCCCCGUCUCGGUAAGAGAUGUAAGCCCUGAUGUAGAUGGCCAAUUUAAGAUAAGAUUUUUUUGUAACGCUUUUAGUGAAUAUAAAAAAAAAACUAAUUAGCUCACAAAUUUCAACGGGAAAUCGUGAUAUCAAAAACGAUUAAAAGUGACAAAAAUAUUGACUGUAUCUCUUUAACAAACUUAGCUUGAUUAAAACAUGUCUAUAUAGUCGCUUAUAUCAUUUUUGGGAGGUAUAACGCUACACGUAUGACUAUACUGCAGAGUUUUAGAAAUUCCACUGCCGACUGCAUACAUAAAUCUAAUCUAUUCCCAUACCAGAUAGAUACUUGUGGAGUAGACAAUUUUCCUAACAAUCGAUGUUAAAUAAUAGAAGUCACCACACGUUGUGUCUUAAACGUUUGUUGAGCAAAGAAAUUUUGUUCUAGUUGUUUUGUGAUUGUCACAAGAACUAUGUAGAUCUUAUGUACACUUGUGUUUUGGAAAUCCAUGACACCGCCGAUAUUUCGGUAAGAAACUCUCAGCGAUUGACAAUAAGAUGUUUCGCGGUUUAAAGGCCGCAUGCGCAGCGAGAUGCAUUUUGGGUAAAUGUCCAAUGUGAAUGCCCCUAGCUUGUUAACAGUUCUUGUUUGACCUUGCUUAACACUUGCCCAUACAUGUUUUGUCCAUGACUAUGGAGCCUUCAAUAUGUUACCUAGAAUACAUCUCGCUGUGAAUGCGCAAUCUGAACCUCGAACCUACUUAUACCAUUGUCUGUACAUGUUCAUAACGUUUUUAUAACGAUUUUUAUAACGUUUGUGUAUACGUUACAAAGAUAACCAC